AUGCACCGACUGGGAAGAAUCUGAUCACAGGACAAAACCUGACAAAGGAUGAGCCCCCAACCGCCUGGCCACCGUCGCCGCUCUUUGAGGGUCCUGGAACAUCUCAGUCAUGGCUCGCAUAAAGUCUCUAUACCUUCCCAGAAGGCCAUCCUUUCUGACCAGCUCUGAGAAAGUGAUCUCCUCCUCAUCCUCUGAAGUGCCAUGGUCCCAAUCCUGCAUCCUGACAGCGUCCACCAAAAGAGAAGCAAUUGUGUAUGUGAAAAGAGGAGCCAACAGGAUAGGCCGUAUUUACAAGAAGGCAAUUUACAAACAAUUCACAGACGAGACAUACUCUCAGGAGAUCACCAAACCAUCUUGGCUGGGUUUUCUGGGUCCUGUGCUGAUAGCUGAGGAAAAUGAUACUUUCAUUGUUCAUUUAAAGAACUUUGCUUCCCGGCCUUAUUCUCUACACCCACAUGGAGUCUUCUAUAAGAAAGAUUCUGAAGGAGCCCUCUACCCUGAUGGAACUGGUGGCAAAAGCAAAGCAGAUGAUUUUGUUCUACCUGGUACCAAUUAUACAUAUACAUGGCCAGUCACUUAUGAGUUUGCACCUACCUCGACAGAUCCUCGGUGUCUGACUUGGAUCUACCAUUCACAUAUUGACACACCAAAAGAUAUCAGCACUGGGGUAAUUGGACCAUUGCUGGUUUGUAAGAAAGGAACAUUAGACGAUACUUUAGUGUCAACAACCGAUGUUACAAAAAACUUUGCCCUGAUGUUCAGCAUUAUAGACGAAAAUCUCAGCUGGUACCUGGAUGAGAAUAUAAACACCUUCUGCUUAGAACCCAGCACUGUCGAUAAAGAGGAUGAAGAUUUUCAGUCCAGCAAUAAGAUGCAUGCAAUUAACGGCUAUGUUUUUGGAAACCUCCCUGGACUGGAGAUGUGUGCUGGUGAAUUGGUGUCCUGGCAAUUGUUUGGGAUGGGGACCAUGAUCGAUAUUCACUCUGCACAGUUCUUUGGCCAUACUCUACUUAACAGAGGAUACAGAAUGGAUGUCAUCAGCCUCUUUCCUGCCACUUUUAUUACAGCAGAAAUGAUGGCAGAGAAUGCUGGGAAGUGGCUUUUGGCUUGUCAAGUAGAUCAUCACAUGCAAGCUGGUAUGACGGGUUUAUACAACAUCAAGGUCUGUGGUCAAAACAUUACUGAGCCUUCACGGAGUGGUCAGGAAAGAAGAUACUUUAUCGCUGCUGAACGAAUUCUUUGGGAUUAUGGCCCUGGUGGCAUUGAUAAGUUCACAGGGCAAGCUUUAAAUGCUACUGGCAGCGACUCAGCACCUUUCUUUACCCAAGGGGAUGAUCGAAUUGGAGGGCGGUAUUGGAAAGCUCACUACGUGUCUUACACUGAUGGAACGUUUACCCAAAGAAAGAAGCAACCUGUUGAUGACACUCACCUUGGCAUACUUGGCCCAGUUAUCAAAGCUGAAGUUGAAGAUACAAUUUUGGUUACUUUUGCCAAUAAAGCUGACAAGAAUUACAGCAUUAUGCCCCAUGGUGUAGCUUUCGACAAAUCGUCCGAAGGAGCCCCUUACGCAGAUGGGCAUCAGAAGCUGGGAGCUUGUGUUAAACCUGGUGAGACCUUUCAGUACAAAUGGAGAGUUCCUGAAAGUGUCAGCCCAACAGAUGAUGAUCCUCCAUGUCUCACCUACCUAUAUUAUUCAGCAACUGAUCCAAUGAUAGACAGCCAGUCUGGUCUUGUGGGGCCUCUAAUAAUCUGUAAGAAGAAUACUCUGAAACCUGAUGGAACACAGAAAGGAGUAGAUAGAGAAUUCUAUCUACUCUUUACAGUCUUUGAUGAGAACCUGAGUUUCUAUCUUGACAUAAAUAUUGAUGCAUUUACUGGUGAACCCUCCAAGGUCAAUAAAGAAGAUGAGGAUUUCCAGGAAUCUAACAAAAUGCAUGCUGUCAAUGGCUACGUGUUUGGGAACUUGCCUGGACUCACCAUGUGCAAGGAUGACAAUGUUUCGUGGCAUAUGAUUGGACUAGGCACCUCUGCAGACAUGCAUGGUGUUCAUUUCCAAGGGAACACCAUCCACUUGGGUGGCACAACGAGGGAUACCCUUGCCUUGUUCCCUCACACAUCAAAAACAGUGCUAAUGCAGCCAGACCGAGUAGGGACUUUCCAUGUUGUUUGCAGAACAUUUGAUCACUUUACUGGUGGGAUGAAGCAGCUGUACAAAGUUAAGCCCUGUGGCAAGAUGUCUCAUAAUGGGACACGCUAUGGGACAAUGAGAACAUAUUACAUUGCUGCUGAAGAAAUGGAGUGGGACUAUGCUCCUGACAAGAGCCGAGCAGAGAAGAAGGGGGAAGCCAUGAACAAAAGUUGCGGACAUGUAUUUGUGAGCCAAGGUGAAGAUCGCAUAGGUUCAAAGUACAAGAAAGUGGUUUAUAGAGAAUUCAAAAGUGGAGAUUUCACAGAGUACAAAACGAGAACUGCAAAGGAGCACCACCUGCAAAUUCUAGGGCCCUUAAUCCAUGCAGAGGUUGGCAACUCAAUAUUAAUUGUAUUUAAGAACAAAGCUAGCAGGCCAUAUUCAGUAUCAGCACAUGGUGUCGAAGAAGAAGCUGGAAGUAAAGUACACAUUACUAUGCCAGGAGAAAUAAGCACUUACCGAUGGAAUGUCCCAGAAAGGUCAGGCCCUGGAGCUUCAGAUCCUAACUGUAUCACUUGGGUUUAUUACUCAACAGCGCAUUUUGUAAAGGAUAUGUACAGUGGUUUGAUUGGACCUCUUAUAAUUUGUAGAAAAGGAGUAUUAAAUGAGAAGGGUUUAAGGACAGACAUUGAUCGUGAAUUUGCUGUUCUGUUCCUGGUCUUUGAUGAAAAUGAGUCCUGGUAUUUGAAUGAAAACAUUGAGAAGUAUCUACAUAAGAAUCCUAAGGAGUUCAGUCACACCAGUGACUUUGUGAAAGGGAACUACAUGCAUGCAAUCAAUGGAAAGAUCUAUAACAAUCUCCAUGGGCUCACAAUGAAUGAAGGGGAAAACACAAACUGGUACCUGAUUGGAAUGGGAAAUGAAAUUGACAUUCAUACUGUCCAUUUCCAUGGAGAGAGCUUUCUGUUCAAGAUGGAUCACGAACACAGAGGAGAUGUGUAUGAUCUCUUCCCUGCGACAUUUCAGACUGUUGAACUUGUUGCAUUUAAUCCUGGGACAUGGCUUCUUCAUUGCCAUGUGCAUUGUCAUAUUCAUAAUGGGAUGGAGACAACGUACACUAUCGUCAAGUCAGAUGAUGUAGGACAUGUAGCCACAACCACAGGAUAUGAUACCUUUACUGUCAAUCGCACGGAGACUGGAAAAGGUAACGGCAGAGCAGGAAUAGAAUUCUUUGGUAAAACUCUGGGCCUGGGAGCCACCAGCUCAGUCCUCAAAGCUCUUUUUCUCACGGGACUUGUGGUUUUGGUAGCUAUCUUGAUCCUUAUGCACAUUGUUGCUUGCCAGAAAAAAAGGGCCUGUUAUAGUGUUGGCCAUGCAUACGUAGCAUUGCCCAGUGCCCAGAAUAAGACUAGAAUCAGGUUAGCCAGAAAACAGACAAACCAAGGCAGUCGAAAGAUUUAAGAGGCUUUAUUUCCACUAGCCUGUUCAGUACACGAAUUCCAGCUCUCUCUCACUCCUCUCACUUAGUUCUACUGCACCCCCCACAGAUUGGUUUCAGUUUCCCCCAGUGUUAUAUACACAAACCAAGACCUUGCCAGAAACAUCUGCUCCCUUGGCCUUGGCUAUUCUCUCCUGCUGGAUUAACCCCAGAAUUGCUGGUUUUCCACAGUCUUUAUGGAACACAUACAUCACAUACUCCUGAGUGAUCAACUGCCAUUGAUCACAAAUGCAAUAUGCCAAUGGAGUCUCUCUGAUAUGCCUGUGCAGGACUUCAUAGCAUUUGUCAGGAAUGUCGUUGCCAUAUCUUGAGGUGUGAGGGAAAAUGACCUAUUUGCAAAAUGACCUAUUAUCAAACAUUUAUCACAAUUUGUUUGCACAAAGUUUGCAGGAAGGUUAAACAACAUCAGCUAUUUAUAGAGUAUUUAUUCUGAUAUCUUGGUGGGGCGGUUAUACAACGUUGCAUCAAGCAAGUGUUGUACCACACUUUCCAAUGCUUUUUCCCAUCACUUUCCUAAUUGCAAAAAGUUCCAUUUUGGGGUGGAGGAACAGGUUUGUGGUGGAAGAACACCCAAUCAGCUGCAAUUGCACAAACUGAAUUUGCCAGUAUAUGGUUGAAUUCCACCUGAAACUAGCAAUAGUCUGGAAGCACCCACAUGUUAACUUUACACAAAGAGAGGCUACACCUACUUUUUUUUAUUAUAAGCUGAAUUUGUAUGGCAAUCUAGUAACAAGUUCUCUGAACAACACACAAAAAUUAGAAGGAUAAAAUACAAUAUUAAAAAUACAAGACAAUAAACAGUAAUAUGACAUGAAACAAAUCCAAUACAAAGAAGCAUAAAAAUGGUUCUGUCAGAGAAAAUAGUAAAACAAAUAAAGCCACGGAUAUACAAUAAAACAUGAAUUCUAAAUUAAGACAUCCUGAGUGAAUACAAAGGUCUUCUCCUAGUGCCGAAAGAUCAUAAGGAUGGUGUCAGGUGAGCCUCUCCUAGAACUGGGGUGCCACCAGAGCUUGGAAAAGUUACUUUUUUGAACUACAACUCCCAUCAGCCCCAGCCAGCAUGGCCACUGGAUUGGGCUGAUGGAAUUUGUAGUUCAAAAAAGUAACUUUUCCAAGCUCUGGGUGCCACCCCUGAGAAAGCCUUCUCCCCAGUAGCCAACAGCCUCACUUCAUUUGGCAGGAGCACUAGGAUCAGGGCCUCUGGUUAGGAUUGUAAAGAUCAAGAACGUAUAUAUGGGAGAAGGCAAUUGGUCCCAAACAACACUGGGCUCUACUGGUUAAAGCCAGUGCUUUAACUUAGGCCAAGAAACUGACUGGGAGUCAAUGCAGCUGGUAAAGCAAUAUCCUGUUGUGGUUAAUAGUCUUGCAAUUCUGUUCUGGACCAAGUGCAGUUGCUAGACCAGCCUUUCCCAACCAGUGUGCCUCCAGAUGUUGUUGGACCACAACUCCCAUCA